GUGAAUGUUAAAUAGUAAUAGUACACAAUAGGAAAAUACAUAAUCCCAGUUCGUGGAAGUAUUGACCAUUUAACAAAAAGAAAAUUUAGAAGACGUUUUUAUCAAAAAGUGGAAAAAUUGUGCUUUAUACAAAUAACAUAUUAAUUAACAAAUAUUCAAUUGCUGUGAUAAUACUAUUAAUAUCAAAGAAUGCCUCCUAAAGAAAGAAAUAUAGCCAUGAUGGGGUAUCGAUCUGUUGGUAAAUCAUCAUUGAGUAUACAGUUUGUUGAAGGGCAAUUCGUAGAUUCUUACGAUCCAACAAUUGAAAAUACGUUCACAAAAGUAACUCGCGUUAAUUCACAAGACUAUGAAGUUAAACUCGUUGAUACUGCUGGUCAGGAUGAAUAUAGUAUAUUCCCAGCACAAUACAGUAUGGACUUCCAUGGCUAUGUAUUGGUUUAUUCCAUAACAAGUCAAAAAUCUUUUGAAGUUAUUCAAAUCAUUUAUCAAAAACUUCUAGAUGUUAUGGGAAAAUCAAAUGUGCCAGUAGUUUUAGUAGGAAAUAAAACUGAUUUACAUCAAGAACGUGCCGUUUCAACAGAAGAGGGUAGAAAAUUGGCCGAAUCCUGGAAAGCCGUUUUUUUGGAAACAUCUGCUAAACAGAAUGAAUCUGUUGCUGAUAUAUUUCACAGCCUCUUAAUUUUAAUUGAAAAGGAAAAUGGUAAUUCCCAAGAGAAAAGCAGUUGUAUAAUUUCAUGAAACAACUCUUUGUAUAACUUUUUUUACAAAUAUUUUUUUUUUAUGUUUAACAAAUAACAUUUACUUAGAUAAGUACAAAAUUGAACACACAAUGUUUACAGGAAGAUUUAAUAAACAAUAAAUUCAUUGUAAAAAAUGAAAAAAAAAUUUCUGCGUGCAAAUUUCGUACAUAUCUUUGUAAAAUUAUUUUUUUGAAAUUAAUUAAAAUGAUUUCUAAGAUGGUUACUUAAAAGAAUAUGUAUAUUACACUUUAUUUUUGCUUUAUUUCGUUUUAAUAAAAUUUUGAAAUAAUUUUUAAAAUUUAAUUUUUUUAUUUUGAUAAAAAAAUUUUGAAACGCAAUAAGAAUAAAUAUAGUGGAAAA